CAGAGGGGGACUGGGCAGCCAUUGUUCUGCAGUUUCUGAAAGUGUUUUGAAACAAAAAUUUGUUGUCGGUGGGAGCAAUGGAAAGUCACAAGGCAGAAGAAGAGGCGUUAGAUAUUCUUCGGCUGAACGUAGGGGGCUGUAUUUACACAGCCAGGCGUGAGUCCUUGUGCCGCUUUAAGGACUCGAUGCUGGCAUCCAUGUUCAGUGGUCGUUUUCCUCUAAAAACAGAUGAAUCAGGGGCUUGUGUUAUUGACCGAGAUGGACAUCUAUUUAAAUACCUUUUGGAUUAUCUUCACGGAGAAGUUCACCUUCCCACAGAUGAGCAAACCCGUGUUGCUCUGCAGGAAGAGGCUGAUUACUUUGGCAUCCCUUAUCCGUACAGCCUGUCUGACCACUUGGCCAAUGAAAUGGAGACAUAUUCUUUAAGGUCAAAUAUAGAACUUAAAAAGGCUUUAACAGACUUCUGUGAUUCGUAUGGUUUAGUUUGCAAUAAACCAACAGUUUGGGUUCUCCACUAUCUUAACACGUCUGGUGCAAGCUGCGAGAGUAGAAUUAUUGGUGUAUAUUCCACAAAAACUGAUGGAACAGAUGCUAUUGAUAAGCAGCUGGGAGGAAGAAUUCACAGUAAAAGCAUUUUUAAAAGAGAGGCGGGAAAUAAUGUUCAAUACAUUUGGAGCUAUUAUUCAGUAGCAGAAUUGAAGAAAAUGAUGGAUGCCUUUGAUGCCUGGGAAGGAAAAGGUGUUAGCUACUGGCGGGUGCCCCACGAGCUGAUAGAAUGCUGGACUCUGGAAGAGCGGCCUUUACUUGGAAGCCUGCGUCACAUGGCCCCAGUUCGAAAGAGGCGACUGAUGGCGUUCAGUGAAGAGGCGGAGGAAGGCGUGAACUGUAAGACUGGUCCUAAGCCUGUCCGAUUUGUGGGCCCUUCCACCAGCACCCAAAUUAAAGUCAAGAACUCGGCUUCAGUCCGGGUCACUCCAGCCAGAACCCCCCAGGCCUGGUCCCGGGCGCCCGGGAACCGGGCUCCCGGCGCGAAGGCAGCGCACCGCCCCGCACCGUCCCCGGCCCCUGCCGCGGUGGGCACUGCGGGGCCCGGGCAUUCCCAGGCUUCCCCUGGGUCCGCGAGUGCUGAAAACGGAGCCGCGCACCCACCUCCGGCCAAGGUUCUGCUCGCGGACAAGAGGGCCACCCCGCACCGAGUGAUCAAGCUGAAGCGGACCCCGCUGGGCACUGCAGCCCGGCCCGCAGCGCCCCGCCGCCCCCCAGAAUCCCCGGCGCCUUGGGCGAUAGUACUGAAAACUGGCCGGACAAGACUGACUGACGGCGACGGUGGACUCACGACGCCUUGUUUGCCUUCCGGAGCCUCCAGGCCGCGUGCUUUCGACGGAGGAGAGGUGACGCUUGGUUCUUCUGUGGGGUGA